AUGGUUUACUUCGGAUGCGUGAAAAAGAUACGAAUAACCGAAAAGAAAAGACGCGCGAGUUGUUCGACGUCAACACGAAUGAGUAGUACAGAACGAGCGCCAACAUUCACUUCCACGUCUCUUAAAAAUGGAAAGCUGCUAUUUCCCAUGGAGAAACAUCGUUCUGCUUACUCUCCCGAACACGAAACGCCAAUUCUACAAUCAUCAAUGCAUACACAGGAGGCUUAUGUACCUCCACCUCCAACGUAUGCUAUUCAACAAACUGACUAUCGGAAACAUCAACGGGAAACAUCUAGAGGCAAUUAUUUACACACAGAUUUGAUCCGGAAUACUCAAUCCCGUAAAGGCUCAAUGGUGCAACAUGAAGUGGCUGGCAGGGGAAGCAGAGAAUCUGAAGAUCAUUCCAUGAUGCCAUCAUUUGUAUAUCACACAUCUUCAGUUUAA